AUGGACAAGCGAUUGGAUGCGACGGGGGUCGAUCUGAUCUUCGCCGACAAUCGCGUGAAGCCUCGGGGGCAGAAUCGCAUCGACUUCCUCCAGUUCGAAUCCGCCUUGGAGCUGCUCGCGGAGAAGAAGGGGGUGGCGAAAGCGGAUAUUCGGAAGGACAUGGUCCUUCAGGGGGGGCCAAAGGUUGCGAAGAGCACCUCGGUGCCUGUCAUCCCCGCGAACCGGAAGCCCAAGGAGAACCUCCGACAGAUCAGCCAGAAGCGCAUCCUGUCCAUCAUCAAGCGCCCGGCCAACGAGCCCAAGGGCCAGGAGACGUGGCGGAAGGACGUGAACAACAAGGAGCUCUGGAAGGUCUUUGGCCUGGACAAUGCAGCCGGCCGGACCUUAAAGCGCAUUUACAGCGGCACCGAGGUGGGAGCCGUGUCCCCAGUGAACGCGCAGCGAUCUCUCCGUCGGACGCCCUCGGCGGAGAUGAUGAUGGUGGGCAAGGCGCAGUCCGACGGCCUCGUACUUGGGCCGAAGGGCGCGUUUAGCCUCGAGGGCUACCGGCUGCCCACGCCGGUGUCUUACGCAUCCUAG